ACUGGGACAUCAUGCAGAGGAAGAGCAGCUUCACUGGGCUCCUCAUCACUGCUCUGUGUGCAGUGGUCUCCUGUUGUCUGAACAAACAGUUCCACUUUGUGGAGGAAGGAGGAAAGACCUGGGAAAAGGCUCAGCACUACUGCAGAGAGAACUACAUUGACCUGGCCUUCAUCAGCAACCAAGACGAAGUAGAUGAGUUCAAUGACAUAUCAAGAACGGAUGAUGUUUGGAUUGGUCUGUACAGAGAUCCCUCUCCCCCAACGGAAUGGAAGUGGUCUGGAGGGUGGAACUCAUCAUUCAGGUUUUGGGGGCAAGGCCAGCCAAACAAUAAAUUUGGCAAACAGGACUGUGUCAGAGUUUGGAAGAAAGAGAUGAAUGAUUAUCAAUGCACUGAACAAUAUCCCUUUGUGUGCUUUGAUCUGAACGUGGUCCUGGUGAAGGAGAACAAGACGUGGGAGGAGGCUCUGGAGCACUGCAGGAAGCACUACACUGACCUCACCAGCCUGCUGUCUGAGAAUGAGCAGCUCCUCGUCCAGAGAAUGAUGAAUUCAAAGGGGGCCCAGACAGACCAUGUGUGGACGGGACUGCGCUUCCUGGCCAGCGAGUGGCUGUGGGUGAACGGGGACCCCCUGGAGUACCAGGCCUGGACCGGGGGGAGGCUGCCCCACUGCCCCGCCCAACACCUCCGCUGUGGGACCCUGGCCAGAGAGGGAGAGCUUUGGGGAACCAGGGGCUGCAAGGAGAGGAGGAACUUCCUCUGCUCCAAAUUAGUGACUCCUAGAGGAGCCAGGCAUGUAUGCGUGUGGUGAUAACUGAAGGAAAAACGUAUGAAAGAUCAAUAUGUAUUACUAGCAAUACAUUUGUAUUUAAACAUUAUUUAACCAGGAAGACCUCUUUACAACAGUGUGUUCUCUGUUGACUAUAGGUAUAAAUACCGCAUUUAAAACUAAAUUUGUCAUGAAACCUGAGAGUUAUUUAAAUGAUGAACAUUUUACUCUAUACUGUUGUAGCAAAUGUAGAAUACUUAGCAGGAACUGUACAACCAACUUUGUUAUACUGUAAUAAACACUGUUAG